AUGUCUAUUUUUCGUUCAAUUCCAAAAUGUGGUGUGAGUAAAUGGCAGCGCAUGUUACAGUAUCGUACCCUUGCAACUUCGACAGCAAUUGAGCAGAAAACAGCUAAACGGAGAAGACUUGUAUUCGAUAAUAGAUCACCAUCAUUUCAAGAUUUCCUGUUAACUCAAAAACAAUCUUCAAAACCUUUAGAUCCUAAAUUGACUCAACCUGAUCAAGUACCUUACCUUCAUACUGACAGUAAACUUUUAGGAAAAGGAAAGAAAUUUUUUAUCGAAGUAUACGGCUGUCAGAUGAACGUUAAUGAUACAGAAAUACUAAAUUCUAUUAUGACUAAUACUGGAUAUGAACGUACUAAUAAUUUAGAUGAUGCUAAUAUUGUAUUCUUGGUUACUUGUGCUAUUAGAGACAAUGCAGAAGUCAAGAUUUGGGAAAGAUUGAAGUAUCUUCGACACUAUAGAACAAAAAUUAAUUCAGAUAAUCCACCUAUUGUUGGUGUAUUGGGUUGUAUGGCCGAAAGAUUAAAAACAAAACUAUUAGAACAAGAUCGACUAGUAGAUAUUGUAUGUGGACCUGAUGGGUAUCGUUCUAUACCACAUUUGAUUUCAUUAGCUGAAGGAGAAGAAUAUAGUGAAGGUAUAGCAAACGUUAUGUUAUCAGCUGAUGAAACCUAUGCAGAUGUAAUGCCAAUGCGCUUAGAUCCUGCCAACGUAUCUGGUUGGGUGUCAAUUAUGCGUGGUUGUAAUAAUAUGUGUAGUUUUUGUAUUGUACCAUUUACGAGAGGAAACGAAAGAAGUCGACCUAUUGAUUCUAUCAUAAACGAGGUUCGAUACUUGAAUGAUCAAGGUGUAAAAGAAGUUACUGUAUUAGCUUAUCGAGAUGAAUCUGAAUCAAAAUAUUUUAUGUCAAAUAUGGGUCUAGGAUCCAAUCUAAGUAAUUCAGGUUUUAAGACUAUCUACAAACGUAAAGAUGGAGGUAGACGGUUUACAGAACUUUUAGAUAAAAUUAGUUUAAUUAAUCCAGAGAUGCGUAUUCGUUUUACUUCACCUCAUCCAAAAGAUUUCCCUACUGAUUUGUUACAUUUGAUAGCUUCUAGACCUAAUAUUUGUAAUUCUAUUCAUUUACCCAUUCAAUCAGGCAGUAAUACGGUAUUAGAACGUAUGCGUCGAGGUUAUACGCGAGAGGCUUACUUGGAUCUGGUAGAGGAGAUGCGAAGAAUAAUCCCUAAUGUAUGGAUCAGUAGUGAUAUUAUUGCUGGUUUUUGUGGUGAAACAGAAGAAGAGCAUCAAGAUACUGUAAAAUUGAUGGAGCAAGUAAAAUACGAUACAGCCUUUAUGUUUGCUUAUAGUAUGCGAGAAAAAACGCAUGCUCAUCGUCGUUAUCAAGAUGAUGUACCCGAAAAUGAAAAGAUAAGAAGAUUGCAAGAAAUUGUGAAUACGUUUCAUAGAGAGGCAACUCAAAAGAAUAAAAAGUUAAUAGGUUCUACUCAGCUUGUUUUAAUUGAUUCGGAUAGGCCUAGAAAUAAAAAUGGAAUAGAUACUAAAUUCAGUGGUAGAACAGAUGGAGGGCAUAAAGUAUUUAUUCAGGAAAAGGAUGGAAAUCAUGAUUUACAAAAAGGAAACUAUGUAGAAGUUAAAAUCAAUCACACUACUAGUGCAAGUCUGACGGGCACAUUUUUAAAACAUAGCAGUAUUCAACAAUUUGCAACACAGCGAUAUUAUUCCACAAUUGCAAGACGAGACACUACUGCUAUUCGAAGUAGAUAUCGUACAUUCUUGAAGGCUGGUAAUAUUGCAGUAGAAGGUGUUGAUAAGAGACAUAUUAAGAAGUUGAUUCGUGAAGGCUUUGAGAAUCAUCAGUUUUUAUAUGACCCUGAAAUAGAAAUAAAAGGUAUAAAGAAUUGA